GCUCUGGGAGACAUGUGGUCUGCCAAACAGAACUCCAGCGGCUUUCGUUUCAGGCCACGGAAGGAGGUCGAUUCGGAUAGUCGACAGCGUGCCUACACCACAGCAGAGACUGGGACAUGGUGGCAUGAUGCUCAGGAAUUGGUGGGACCUGAUGCUGUGAUAGCCGCUCUCAUUUUCUACAGCGACGUCACGCACCUCAGCAGUAAUGGCAAAAAGCAGGCCCAUCCAGCUAUGAUGACACUUGGCAACAUCCCUUUUCCUAAGCGGUGGGGUCCAGCAGGGCAUUCAUUGCUAGCAAUGCUCCCUAUACCUCCCAAAGACAUGCCAAAUGACCUGAAGGUUGAGAUUUUCAACACCUGCGUGGCCAAGUUGAUGGAACCUCUGGUUCAGCUGAAAGAGAGGGGUGUACUACUGAAGGAUGCGAACGGUGUCGAGCACAAGGUGAUACCGCUGCUGCUCGGGUGGGCAGCUGACUACCCAGAAUCGGGCAAAUUGACAUGCACACUCUCCGGCCAGCGCUGCAUGAAGCCUUGCAGCAUUUGCUACGUGGAUAGGGACAACCUCUCAUCAGUCAACAUGGAACAUAUUGUACGCACUCCAGAACAGCAACAAUGGGUGUUGUCUCAGGCAGAGGGGGAAACAUCUGAUGAUGACAGCACUCUAUCGAAAUACUCAACGUUUGACGUUGAGUGCGCACUGUGGCAAUGGGCUAUAAAUGGUCAUCCAUGGGCGAACCCCUGUCUAGCAGUUAUGCCAGAUAUCAUGCAUAUGGCGGAUUUGGGGAUACUGGACCACAUUAUCAAGUGCAUUCGCAAGGCAGUGCCAAGGGCGGUGAAGAAGCUUGAUAAGAGGCUGAAAAUUGUUCAAGAAGCCACCCGUAUCAACUCGAUGCGGUUCCCGGAGAAGGAAUACUUUGAAAGCAAUGCUACGGUCCCAGCAUUCCAACACAGGGCAGUCAUGCAGGUUUUAAUAUUCCUAGUGGCAGAUAUUUUGGAUGCACCACAACUCGAGGCGAUACGCGCGUACCUUGACUGGUAUAGCUGCUGUAACAGCCACAUUCAUACCGAGGCCAGCCUACGAGAGCUACAGCGGAAAGCAGGCAGGCUCGUGAAGCUAUUGGUGAAAGCAUUUCCCGACCAAAAAUCAGAGUGGAACUUGAUCAAAACGCACCUGAUGACGCAUUUCGUUCCUGUCAUUCGAAGGGCAGGUUAUGUGCAAGAGUAUAGCACGAACCUAUUUGAGCACCUGCACAGCGUUCUCUUGAAACAGAUAUACCGCCGUACGAACAAAAGAGACGCCGACAAACAGAUAAUGAAGCGUCACGAACAACGACUCGACUUGUGGGAGGACGAGGAGUCGGACCAUGGCCGAGAAACCGCUAUGGCAACGGCCAUUGAAGAAGGAAUCCGUGUGAUGACCAAGGAGUCACACUUCUUCCCGGUAGAACCAACCGGGGCCACCGAGUCUACGAACGAUUUCGUGAAGGGGUGGAGCGAGCAGCACCCCGAGGCACAUGCCGCAUUCAAAGGGGCACUAACACGUGCUAGCCUGACGCCAAGCAAGGUUCGG